GCGAAACGUCUACGAAAACCUGGGGAAGGUUAAAAAAACGGGUUUAAAAAAGUUAGUUGCGCUCUUAGCAUGUUUUCACAUGAAGAAAUCCGUUAAAAAGCGACGAAACAAGUUCCCCCCCCCCAGUGCGAGGACCCUUCCAACAUCAGAGGCGAUGCGAUGUGAGUGAGCUAUGCCUUUUAGAAAUGGACAGAUUUUAUCCAAGCGAAAACAUGGCGCCUCUUUCCCCAAGUUUGGAUUAUUUUCCAGUCUGCUCUUCACUCUCUUUUGCCUGGAGGCAUGGGGCUGGAGCCCAGCGCACGGGGACGGCGGCAGCGGUAGGAGUUGCGGGAGCCCGUGUCCCGGUAACUGUACGUGUGUUAUUGCACCGGGGUCCCGGGAAUCGUGCGUGGUUAAUUGUACCAACAUCGGUCUGGAGCGGGGACCAGCGGCGGGGGACCUCCCACCGGGAACUAACGUUCUAGAUCUGUCCAGGAACCGUAUCUCAUCUCUGGAACCAAGUCUCUUUGAUCAACUCAUCACCCUACGAGAACUGUAUCUACAGGACAACAGAAUCAGUGUUCUCCCCAGAGGGGUCUUCUGCUCCAGACCCCUGUUCUCUAUACUAGAUUUGAGUAACAACCAGAUCACCACCAUAGAAGAAGAAAUAUGUGAUAAUUUAUUUAAUUUAACAGAAAUUGACUUAAGCAGCAACCCGUUUGUGUGUGACUGUAAGUUAUUCCGGCUGGUGAGCUGGCUUCAGGAGAGGGGAGUGCGGGUGCGUCACCCAGAGAACAUGCUCUGUGUCCAACCGCCCGACCUGAGACACCAACCACUACUCAACGUGUCACUGCUCACCUGCGGUCUGAACUAUGCAGCCUGUCUGGAGGACAGUGACCACAGCGGAGGAGGCAGUGAGCUGGUCAUCUUCUCUUCGUCCACGCCGGGUAACUUCUCCCGGGAGGAGUGUAACUCUGUGUGUUACGGGGCCUCCCAGCGCUACGGGGGCCUGGGGGCCCGGAGGGAGUGUCUCUGCAGCACCAAUUAUGAACCCAACCGCAUCAGUGAAGCUCAGUGCUCUGCUGCCUGCACCAAGCCUCACGUCAUGAAGGUGGACGGAGACUGGCUAACCACUUCCUCAUCACUUUUUCUUCGUUGUAACUUCCUGAUUACUUCCUUGUUUUUGUUAUAACUUCCUGAUUACUUCCUUGUUUUUGUUAUAACUUCCUGAUUACUUCCUUGUUUUUGUUAUGACUUCCUGAUUACUUCCUUGUUUUUGUUAUAACUUCCUGAUUACUUCCUUGUUUUUGUUAUAACGUCCUGAUUACUUUCUUGUUUUUGUUAUAACUUCCUGAUUACUUUAUUAUUGAAAACUAUUUACAUUAGUACAUGUACAGUGUCUUCAGAAAGUAUUCACACCCCUUGACUUUUUCCACAUG